AUGCGAAAAGGCAUUAAUCCAGUAGAUCAUAGAAGAAAAUGGGAUAGAAAUUAUUAUGAAAAGAUUGCAGAUGAGCGGUUUAGUUCUGAAAUCGAAGCCUUGCGUAAUUCUCGAAAGGAAAGAGAGGUGGUUAAAAGAGAUUUCCUCCGUCCACGAGACUUUUCGGUUGAUUUAGAAUCCAAUGUUAACAGGUCUCAAGUUAUUUCUAAGACUGGUCCAGGAAGCUCACAGGCCGGUUAUUAUUGUGAAGUGUGUGAUUGUGUUGUCAAAGAUUCUAUUAAUUAUCUGGACCAUAUAAAUGGGAAGAAGCAUCAGAGAAAUUUAGGCAUGUCUAUGCGCGUUAAAAGGUCUACUCUCGAGGAAGUCAAGGAUCGUUUUUCCCUACAUAAUAGAAGAAGGGAAGAAAAAGUUGACGAAUAUAGCCUAGAAGAAAGACUUAGGCAAAUUGCAGAAGAGGAGGAAAAAACUAAAGCCUAUAGACGUGAAAAGAAGAAAGAACGUAAACGAAAAUCAGACGAAGUUGAUAUUGAAAAAGAUGAGGAGCUUAGUUUUGUCAUGGGGUUUGGUGGGGUUCCUUCAUAA